CGGAGCAGUAGUGAGGUAGGCUGGACUGUGAUAGCGACAGAUGUCUAGAAAACUGCGAGGGGCACUCCUCAGUUACAACACAGUCCCAGACUGCACCUCGGAGAGCAGGGGCGGAAUCUGCAGCUGUCACUCCUAAGGUUUACCUCCAUUAUCACAUCCAGCCGGAGCCUGGAGAAGAAGAAGCUCAACUGAUCACUCUCUAGAAAUACAGGAGACAUCAUGGGAGGCAAACUGAGCAGGAAGAGGAAGGGAUAUGAUGUGAGCGACCCCAAAGAGACAAAGGGUGAGACUGCAGCUGCUGGUGCAGAGGAGUUUGCUAAAGUGGAGGAUGGAGCCCCACCCACAGAGGCUCAGUUGACAGCUGAGGCUGACAAUGUGGUAAAGGAAGCUGCAGGGUCAGCUGUGGCAGCAGUAACUAAAGCUGUAGAAGCCCCAGAGGAGCCCAAAUCUGCACCUCCAGAAGAACCAGCUUCAGCAGCAGACGAAGCAGCUCCAGUCGCAAAAGAACCGACUGCAGCAGCAGCAGAGGAAGCAGCUCCAGUAGUAGAAGAACCAGCUGCAGCAGCAGAUGAAGCAGCUCCAGUUGCAAAAGAACCAGCUGCAGCAGCAGCAGCAGCAGCAGAGGAAGCAGUUCCAGUUGUAGAAGAACCAGCUGCAGCAGCAGCAGAGGAAGCAGCUCCAGUUGUAGAAGAACCAGCUGCAGCAGCAGAUGAAGCAGCUCCAGUUGUAGAAGAACCAGCUGCAGCAGCAGCAGAGGAAGCAGCUCCAGUUGUAGAAGAACCAGUUGUAGUAGCAAAGGAAUCUGCUCCAGCAGCAGAGGAACCAAUCACAGCAGCAGAGGAAGCAGCUCCGGUUGUAGAAGAACCAGUUGUAGUGGCAGAGGAAUCUGCUCCAGCAGCAGAGGAACCAGCUCAAGCAGCAGAGGAGCUGCUUGUUCCAGUAGUACAGGAGCAAGUCUCAGUAGAGCUCCCAGAGGCUAAAGCAGCAGCAGCAGAGGAACUUUCUGCUCCAGCAUCAGAACCUGUGCAAAGUGAGGCUGACCCAGAGCCUACAGCUGCACCCGAAGAGCUACCUGUAGCGGAACCUGCUGCAGCUGUGGAAUCUGUACCAGAACCAGAGGUUGUUCCAGUCAUCACAAAGGAAGCACCUGAGGACCAAGAACCAGAGCCCAUCCCAGAGACUGUUACUGAGCCUGAAGCAACUGUCGUGGAGACAGUGGUCCCUGCUGCUAUCCCUGAACCCGAGCCAGUGGCUGAACCAGCUGUACAAGCAGUGUUGGAGAAAGCCCCAGAACCAGAGCAAACCCUCGAGCCAGAACCAGAGCCAGAGCGAGUACCAGAGGUAGAGCAGAAACCAGAGCCAGAGUCAGUGGAAGCAUCUGAGCCAGAACCUGAACCAGUGCAAACCCCAGUGCCAGUGCUAGAACAAUCACCAGAGCCAGAACCAGAGAAAGUACAAGAGCCAGAGCCAAAACAAGAGGCUGAUGCAGGGGAACCAGCAGCAGUGGAACAAGUAGAAGAAGUUGAGCCAGAACCAGUCAUACCCACAUCUGACAUUCCUGAACCUGAGACUGUGGAAGCAGAAGCACUUGAGGUCUUGGAGACUGCAACAGAGGAGGUCCCCAGUGAACAUCAACGUGAACAGGAGGAACCUGUUGCAACCGAAGCCUCCAGCACUGAGACGGCAGCUAAGCCAGAAGCACCAGAACCCGUCCCUGAGAUUGUCAUCUCAGAGUCUGUAUCUGCCAGCGAAAUUACUGCUGAGUCUGAAGUGGAAGCUGAGGCCACUGCGGAAGAGGUGCCUUGCCAAGGGCCCGAGGUCAAAAGCAAGAUGGAGAAUGGAGAUUUAGAGUGCGAUUCUCGCACAAAGGAUGUGGCGGAAGUAGAUGCACUUCCAGCUGUGAAUGGAGAGUGCACAGAUCCUACCGCCACACACACAGAGGAAUGUGUUAACGGUAGUGAAAUGCCAGAGGAGACGCCUAUCAAGGAGCAGAGUGACUUUGAACUGAAAAAGGAUGUGAACCUGAGUGGGGAUGCCCAGGAAGUUCCCGAUGCAGUCUCCGACGUGGUUGAAGGUCUCGGCACCGAGGUCACCCAGGCGGUCUGAAAAGAAGCCAUCUUUCAAAUCAACGUGAAGUCAGUUUAAUCCUCAGAUGGUGCGAGAAAGCCAUCAAGGUAUCACAAACACAGCUAGGCUUUCUGAAAUGCUGUAACCACUGCAAUGUCUCUUGUGGUAACUCAGGCAAAAGGAUGUUUUCUUUUGAGUAACCAAAAAUGAAACGCAACCACUUGAGGAUAGAAUGAAGGAGAGAAAGAGACAAAGAGAGAUAGGCAGAGAGAGAGAGAGCAAGAUAGCAAGUGAGAUGGAAGUGCAAAGGGAGACUUGAGUUUAAAAUCUGUUGGGUGCAGACAGACAGUCAAACAUGACAGCAGAGCAAAAAAUACUGGACGGUAAAUAUGAUAUUAAUGAAUGAAAUGAAUAAAUCUGUCUUUGUGUGUGACCCCAAUGAAUAUUACAAAGUGGUUUAUUGGAACAGCAUUCAUCAUUAGUAUAUUAUCUGAUUUAGAAUUUCAUAUAUCCUUUCUAUUACUAUAAGCAGAGACGUGACUGAAAUGUUUUGGCCUUUUAUAAUAAUGGAACCUGUGAGGACUGUUAAUUUUAAAUGAAUUGAUUGUUCGGAAUAGAGAAUAAAAACAGAUUGUUAUAGCCUA